AUGCUCCUGGUGACGAAGAAUAUUAUCAUACUGAUACACUGUCCCUCCCCAGAAGUUGGUGCUGCUGUGUCAGUGUUACUUGGCUUUGCACCCCCUUCUACACUUUCUACUGCCAGUUCUUCCAAGUUGAAUGGGGUGCUUAUGCCUAAUCCAUUUGAUAGGCCCGUUCUGUUUUCAUGCUUCAAGUUACAGGAGCUAUUGCUGGUGGUUGACUCGGACAACUCUAUUUUUACUAGUGCCCAAACGGCCAAGGUCAUGGGUAGUGAACACAGAGUGAAUGUCCAACGUUCAGAUGAAGAUGAAGAUGAAGUAUCUGUGGUCUCUUUGAGCGAUCUAUUGUAUGCUGAACUCUCAGAUAAAGAACGCAGUGAUUUUAAUGCUGACAAGGAAUUCAUAAGAAGUCUUGUAUCUCUCAUUCAUAAUAUUCGAAGAGCAAUAGACAUGCAUCAGGGGUUGUCUGAAAGUCUGCAUAGUCCGGCUGAGCUAAUUGCUGGGAGAUUUGAUGGAAUUAAGAUAGAAUUUGAUGCAUCUGGGGGAGAAAAUGGUACUGAUGGAAUAUAUACAUUUCCAAUAUUCUGGGAGAAUUUUUGUUGUUUAUUUUUGCCACAAUGGUGUUGCAAGAACAAUGGAGCAGAAGGCAUUGCUAAGAAUGGCCUAGAAUUAUUUCUUACUUCAGUUUCUAAGACAUUUGAUUCCUUGCAGGCUGCAUACAAAGGUCAGAUUGUUGGAUUCAUUAUCUAUGGUGAAACAAUUACCCCAGAAUCGGAGAAUAUGAUAAAUGUAGUGGUCACUUCUCGACCAUCUCCACGUCUGUUGGAGGAAACAAAAGUCCUUUUUAAUUUAACCACUAUUGCAGGAGUGAUAUUGGUUAGAAGGACCCUGGCAUGGAUAACAGGAAUUAUUCUUUUGAUUGCUACUUUUUUGGGGGUAGGCUUCUUAUUAACAUAUUCCCUGCACAGACCUUUAUGCUUUAAUUAA